UGUCAGCAGAGGCUUUAUUCUAGUGGAAAAGGCAGACAAUAAACAUAUGACUGCAUGAUGAUUUAAAAGCAACUGCGAUAAGUGCUAUAACAAGCUGAUGAAGUCUAGGGUGUUAGCAGAACAAUUAACAGUGGACAUGACAAGCUCAGGGUCAUCUUCACCUUCUGUGCCCCCAAAUAUAAGUGACCUGCUCAAAGUUACUCAACCAGUAAAAGAGGGGAAACAAAACUCUGUCUUCCUACUUAGGGAUUCUCUGGUCUUUGGACCAAACCUUGGAAUAUAACUUACAUUUGGGCCAAUAGCCUUGCUUUCCCUAUUUAUACUCAUAGGGAAAGCCAGCUGGAAUAUGCAUGAAUCAACAUUCUAACCUCAGAGAUAUAUUUCUAAAAUUCAAAACAGAAGUUAUCACUGAUACUUGGUUCAGUUGAACGACUGUGUUCAUGAAAGUUGAUACCAUUGCCAUUCCUUGAUUUUUACAAGCAUAGCAAAGUUAAAACGUUCAACACACCCAGAAUGGGCAAUAAAUGGAUGUGUUGGAAUGGUCCUCCUCAUGCUGGCACUUCAACAACACAGCAAGCUAUGUACUUUUGAACAGGGGUUGGAACAUUUUUCCUGAAAGUGAUCUUCAAUCUUGCAAUUUUUCCAAAUUCUUUUAUUUUGCCAUAAUCUAUUAAUUAUUCUACUUGGCAUUAUUGAAUGCAAAAUAAGUUUACUAAGCACCUACUAUGUGCCAAACCCUAGGAAUACAGGGAAAAGUAAGUCUCUGCUCUAAAGUAACUGACAGUCUAGGAGAGAAGUCAUUAACAAAUAAAAAACUAUGCUUUGGUUAUUGGUCAAGUAUUCCUCAUACUUCUUCAGAAUGCCCAAAGCUCUCUUGGCAUAAUGACACAGUGAGGGGUGGUGAGGGUGGGGUCAUCAAGGAAAGUUAUAUGGGACUGUUUUCCCCAAGAAAGGGUCUUGCUCUGUCACCCACGCUGUACUGCAGUGGCGGGAUCAUAGCUCACUGCAGCCUUGACCUCCAGGGCUCAGGUGAUCCUCCCCCUCCGGCCUCCCAAGUAGCUGGGACUACAGGUGUAUGCCACCACGCCCAGCUAAUUAUAUUUUUUGUAGAGACGGGGUCUCACUAUGCUGCCUAGGCUGGUCUUGAACUUCUGGGCUCAAGAGUUCUGCCUGCCUUGCCCUCCCAAACUGCUAAGAUUACAGGCGUGAGCUACUGCACCCGGCCCAUAUUGGAUUUUAUUUCCUUUUCUUGGUGCUCAUCUUCCUUCACAACUUCAAGAUGGGCAUAAGAUGUUUGACAACAUGGUUCUUCAUUAAGUCCAACUCCUUAUCAUAAUAGGGCUUGGGAAAUAUUCAACACGAGGGCAAUCAUGCUAACACAAAAAUGGGCGCCCCCUAAACCUUGUUACUUGUUUGCUCACUUAUAAGAAAAGCCAACUCAAAGGCUCAACUGAAUUCUAGCACUAAGAUUCCUUCCUUGCUGUAGAAGAUCUAUACCUGGUCACUUCCAUGAAAGUUACAUAGGCGUUCCAAGAAGCCUCCUGCAAUGCAGUUGUGACUCAGCAGGUAUGCGAGUAAUGACGGUCCUGUGGUAUUUCCUGCACCCCCAGAGUCCCAGAGUUUGUGAAGGACCGUGUAAGAGGACACCACGCUGGCUUUUCAGUGGGCGCGUCCCUCCUGGGGGCGUCACCAGGCAACCCCAGGCGGAAGUGGCGGCGGCCCAUCCUCAUGCAAAUUGCAGUGUAAGAACUGGGGCCCGGGACUCCCCGCAAAUGUGGGGCACUGACAUUCUGUGAUGCUGUCCCAAUGCCCUUUCAAAGCGCUCAGCCCCCAAAUUCCCAACCAACAGCCAUUUCAGGGAGGGGCUGCCCAGGACCAGGCUUUUGAUGAACCACGACUGUUCGGGGUGCCGUCUUGGGAGAGCCACGUCAGUCCCUCCGAGAUUCCAAACGGCCGACAGCGGACACCUCGGGACCACAUCCGAGCCUCGGGGACCUGUCGACGCCAUCGACGAUCCUGGACCAAAUCCCGCCCGGGAAGGGAAGGGUCGCGACCAGACCCUGGAGACCGACGGCUGUCUGGCGAUCUGAGCCCACCCCGGCGCUGCCGUCCCGCCCCCACUUCCGAUCGGUCGAAGGUCACGUGCCCUGACCCCGCCCCGCAGACGCGGCUCCUCUAGCUGAGACCGUCCCGGCUUUCGCUUCCGCCGGAAGUAGGGAGACUUUCCUUUUCCGGCUACGGGUCCCCAAGCGGAGCGGGAGGCCGGACCGGGGAGCCGAGCGGCGGCGUCGGCGGCGUCGGCGGCGGGGGCGACGGCGGCGGGGGCGGUAAUGGCGGAGCUGGUGCAGGGGCAGAGCGCUCCUGUGGGGAUGAAGGCCGAGGGCUUCGUGGAUGCCCUGCACCGGGUCCGGCAGAUUGCUGCUAAAAUUGAUUCAAUUCCUCACUUGAAUAAUUCCACACCUCUAGUGGACCCCUCAGUAUAUGGAUAUGGAGUACAAAAACGGCCCUUGGAUGAUGGAGUAGGUAACCAGUUAGGGGCCUUGGUACAUCAAAGGACGGUAAUAACGGAAGAAUUCAAAGUGCCUGACAAAAUGGUUGGAUUUAUUAUCGGCAGGGGAGGUGAGCAGAUUUCACGGAUUCAAGCAGAAUCUGGUUGCAAAAUUCAGAUUGCUUCAGAGAGUUCUGGGAUUCCAGAGAGGCCCUGUGUACUUACCGGAACCCCAGAAAGUAUUGAACAAGCCAAACGGCUCCUGGGACAGAUUGUGGACCGCUGUCGAAAUGGACCUGGCUUUCAUAAUGACAUAGACAGCAACAGCACAAUCCAGGAGAUUCUCAUUCCCGCAUCUAAAGUGGGUCUGGUCAUCGGCAGAGGAGGGGAAACAAUCAAGCAGUUGCAGGAGCGGACAGGGGUGAAGAUGGUCAUGAUCCAGGAUGGCCCAUUGCCCACGGGAGCAGACAAGCCUCUUCGUAUCACUGGAGAUGCAUUUAAAGUACAGCAAGCAAGAGAAAUGGUACUAGAGAUUAUCCGAGAAAAAGACCAAGCUGACUUUCGGGGUGUACGUGGUGAUUUCAACUCUCGAAUGGGAGGAGGCAGUAUAGAGGUAUCUGUGCCUAGGUUUGCUGUGGGGAUUGUAAUAGGAAGAAACGGGGAAAUGAUCAAAAAGAUCCAGAAUGAUGCUGGUGUGAGGAUUCAGUUUAAACCAGAUGAUGGGAUUAGUCCAGAAAGAGCUGCCCAGGUCAUGGGCCCUCCGGAUCGGUGUCAGCAUGCAGCGCAUAUCAUCAGCGAGCUGAUUCUUACAGCCCAGGAAAGAGACGGCUUUGGAGGCCUGGCAGCAGCCAGAGGAAGAGGUCGUGGCCGUGGCGACUGGAGCGUGGGAGCCCCUGGUGGCGUCCAGGAGAUAACAUACACAGUGCCAGCCGAUAAGUGUGGCCUCGUCAUAGGCAAAGGGGGUGAGAACAUCAAAAGCAUCAACCAGCAGUCAGGGGCGCACGUGGAGCUUCAGAGGAACCCCCCUCCCAACAGCGACCCCAACCUGCGGAGAUUCACCAUCAGGGGGGUUCCCCAGCAGAUCGAGGUGGCCAGGCAGCUCAUAGAUGAGAAAGUUGGCGGGACCAAUCUCGGAGCACCUGGAGCCUUUGGACAGAGUCCAUUCAGCCAGCCACCUGCCCCACCUCAUCAAAAUACCUUUCCUCCAAGGAGCUCCGGGUGCUUCCCAAACAUGGCUGCCAAGGUGAACGGGAACCCCCACAGCACCCCGGUGAGUGGUCCUCCGGCCUUUCUGACCCAGGGCUGGGGCAGCACCUACCAGGCGUGGCAGCAGCCCACACAGCAGGUCCCAAGCCAGCAGAGCCAGCCGCAGAGCAGCCAGCCCAACUACAGCAAGGCCUGGGAAGACUAUUACAAAAAACAGAGUCACGCCGCCAGCGCUGCUCCUCAGGCCAGCUCCCCACCGGACUACACAAUGGCCUGGGCAGAAUAUUACAGACAGCAGGUCGCUUUCUACGGACAGACGUUAGGGCAGGCGCAGGCCCACAGCCAGGAGCAGUAGGACAGUGUCCUCGUCCCAACUCUCCCCUCAAAAUCAUUGUCAAAGAAAACCUAUUUGUAACAGAGGUUUUUACAUUUGCAGAUCUUUUGAUGAAGAACCGUUGUUUUGUUCUGUGAAACACUAUAUUUAGAUUAACGGAAUUUUUCUAAAAAUCGGGAAAAUUAGUUACUAAAAAUUGCUGAUCAUUUUUGUUUCAUUAUUUUUGUUAUUUCAAAUGUAUAAGCUCUGGGAUUCUUUUUGGAGCAAUACCUACAAAGUCAGGCACCAGAAUGUGCCUCAGAGCUGUGACAUUUCAACAUGAUGGUUUUGGUUUUGUUUUGUUUUGUUUCGUGUCCUUUUUAUUUGCAGUUUUUUCUGUUGCAACAGAAAGUGGCUUGGAAGUCUUAGGUGGUAUGUAACAAAUUCUUUUUAAAAAUUUUAAAGCAGUAUUUAAGUAUUCUUAAACGUGUAAAUUCAUUUAAUGUUUUACUUCUAAUUUCUCGUAUCUUGGCUGUCUGGUUUUAUUGCAUUUUUAAAAAAACUGAACUAUUAUGUAUUGUAAUGAAUGAUGUGAAUUCUGAAUUGAGACAGAUAAUUGUAUUGCUGUCCAACAGGGGUUGGGAGGGGCAUUUUGUAGGGUUUGUAUAAUUUCUAGAGUUUGAAAGGGGUAAUAUAAAAAUGUGUUCAUGUGUUUAGCAUACUUUUUUUAUGUCUCCAUUACCAGUUGCAAUUGUGUAUCUAAGACCUCCAAGCUUGUUUUUAAAACAAAACAAAAAACCUUUCUCUAUUCUCUCAGAAAUAUAAAUACUGUUAUUUUUAAUAUUAAGAAAUUCAAUAUAACUUUUAACACACUGUGGAACAUUAAACCGUAUAAAAAUGUAGUUAUAACUAUUUUUAAUUCCAAGGUGUUGUUUGCUUUUUUCUUUUAAAUAUUUUCUUAAUAUUUUGUCAGAUUAACUAGAUGAAUAAAUAAAUCUAGUAUUAACCACAUUAUGAAUUAAAUAAUUUUGAUUUAAUGAAAGGGAUAAUAUGAUUUCCAGUGUUUACUGUAGUGUAUCUUGUACAGAUAACAUGUAUUUUUAAAGGAAAAAAAACGGAAUUGAAGCUAUUUUUUCUUGCAUUUCUAAUUGACCUGAGGGACAUUCCGUUUGAAAUGUACUGAAGUUACAGUUUCUGGUUUUUUCUCCUCAUUUUUCUUAUAAUGCUUGAAAUGUCUAACUAUUAAAAAAGACAAUUGGAAAAUGUUAUGCAUGGGGUUUUUAAGAAAACAAAGCGUUCUUUUUAUUUGACUGACAAUUCAUUUUACACUCUAUAUAAUAAAAUCUCCACAAGGCAUCUUGUGGGCAAAGUC